GGCGGAGCGCCGGGCUCCCGUGAGCAGGGUCGUGCGCUUGCUGAGGUGCAGAGGGGUCUUUCCGUGGGUUCCCCUCCCCGCAGGCGUGGACGCGGGUCCAGAAGGAGACUGAGGAACGAAGGAAUUUAGUUAAGAUGAUGGCAACUUUUACUCCAAGAAAGAGGAAGCGAUAUACACUGGAUGCUGAUAAUGAUGAUAGUCUAUUAACAGAUAUUUCAUCAAGCAAAUUAAGAUAUGCUGAAAAUCUAUGUCCAUCACCUAAUAAGAAACAUAAUUAUCAAAUCAGUGUUCAAAAGGAAGACAAGUCUUGCUCCCACCAACUCCAUUUCACUUCAAGUCCACUCAAAACAACUGAAAAUAGUAGGUUUUCAUUUGCAAACCACAGCUCAUUAUUUAAACCAGCUAUGUCUACUGUAUUUUUCUACAGUAAAGAUAAGUACUACCUUAAUCCACUCGAGAGGAAGUUGAUAAGAGAGUGUAAACCUAUUUGUCUAGCAACUAAAAAUGAAGAUAAACCUUUUCCUAGUGUGACAGAAAAUAUUCAGAGAAAACCAGUCCGUACCAGGAAGAAUAAAAAAAAACAGAAGAGUUUAACUGCUAAAUAUCAGCCAAAUUAUAAACACAUCAAGUCUAUAUCAAGAAACCUGAAAAAUUCCAAGCCAAAUCAAGUGACCUAUAAGCCAGUUGUGGACCAAGAGAACAGUUGUUUUCCAGCAGAAAAUCAUCCAAAUUCUCCUCCUCGGGUUCUAAGCCAGAAAAUAAAACCACAAGUUACACUCCAGGGCGGAGCAGCAUUUUUUGUUAGGAAAAGAAACUCUCUUAAAAAGUUACCUCUGGAAGAUAAGCCAUUACUUUUGCAGAAAAAUGCACCACAAGUCACUGAAGAUGCUCCAGAGGCAAAGCAAGUACCAAAGUCCUUGUUAGUGGAUGAGAAAUCCAGUGUUGAGCGACAGGAUGCAAGAAGUAAAAAUGAAGAGAAACUGAGAAAGAAUUCCUCAGGUGCAGUAAUUUCUUCAAAGGAAUGUAAACUUGAUAAACAUGAUUUUCCUUCAGAGAAUUCACCUGAUGAGAACAAGACAAUUUCUCCAGAGUCUGUCUAUCCCAUCUUCAGUGUUUCUUCAGUAAACACAAAAAGGUCUCCACCUGAAGAACAGUCUUCUGUGAGAUCCACUACAUGUACUAACUUCUUGAAACAGACAAAUAUACAGAAAAAUAUUAAUUCCAGAGAUACAAAUAAAGGAGGAAAAGACCAGCUCGUCAUUGACGCAGGUCAGAAACAUUUUGGGAUGACUAUGUGUAAGUCUUGUGGCAUGAUCUAUACUGCUUCCAACCCUGAAGACGAAAUACAACAUCUCCAAUAUCACCACCGAUUUCUGGAAGGAAUUAAAUACGUGGGCUGGAAAAGAGAACGGGUAGUGGCAGAGUUUUGGGAUGGGAAGAUUGUGUUGGUCCUGCCACGUGAUCCCAGUUACGCCAUCAAAAAGGUAGAAGAUGUUCAAGAACUUGUGGAUCUGGAAUUGGGUUUCCAGCAGGUUGUUCCCACAUGUCCAAACAAAACCAAAACCUUCCUCUUUAUUGAUGAAAAGAGAGUAGUUGGAUGUUUAAUUGCGGAACCCAUCAAACAGGCCUUUCGUGUCCUGUCAGAACCAAGUGCCACUAAAGAAUGUUCUAGAGCUUGGCGGUGUUCAGAUGUACCAGAACCUGCAAUUUGUGGAAUAAGUAGAAUCUGGGUCUUCCGACUAAAAAGAAGAAAGCGCAUUGCAAGACGACUGGUUGACACUGUCAGGAAUUGCUUCAUGUUUGGCUGUUUCCUCAGCACUAAUGAAAUUGCAUUUUCUGACCCAACACCAGAUGGCAAAUUAUUUGCAACCAAGUACUGCAACACCCCGAAUUUCCUUGUAUAUAAUUUUCAUAGCUAAAGCCAGUUGUAACCACAAAUCUGGUACU